AUGGUCAAGCUUAGCUGUUCGGUGGUGGUGCUCCUCUCGCUCUGCGCCUGCUGCUAUGCUCAGUAUGAGUACCCACAGCAGCGUCCCUCGCCGGCCAUUGAAGGUCAGCCCACUGGUGGACCGGUGGACAACCGAAUCCUUGGAAACCUCCUUGGUGGAGGAGGACUUCUUGGAGGCGGCGGCGGCGGUGGCGGAAUUCUUAGCAACCUGUUCGGCGGCAUUUUGGGCGGCAAUCGUCCUCCACCACAGCCACAACCCCAGCCCUACCCCGUUCCAGUUGCAGUUCCGCCCUACGGUGGUGGCGGCUUUGGAGGAGGGUUCCCAGGUGGAUUCGGAGGUGGCUAUACGGGAGGUUUCCCCGGCGGCUUCCCCGGAGGCUUUGGUGGCGGCUAUGGCAGCCCCUACGGCGGAUACUAUGGCUAA